CUUUGUCGACACAGGUACAACAGCCCCGGUGCCCGUUCUAUAUACAUGGGCGCAUUCGUUCACUGUGUAUAGCUGGGUCGUUUUGAAUCAGGUCAUUCCUGCUCCAUAAAUACCAGACGCUAGCGACACACAUUGGAAUAAUUCAACAUGGCCAAAAUUGGUAUUGCAGUGCUUGGUUUGGGAAGAAUGGGGAUGGUGCACAUGAAGAACGUGAUGCAGUCCCCACGCGCGUCGCUGAAAUGGAUCGUCAGAAAUGACGUAAAAGAAGCACAGCGAUUCGUAGACACCUUUUCUCUUCCAACGAGAGUAACUUCCCCUGACAACCUCGACCCGGUCCUGGAAGACCCGAGUGUUGGAGCCGUCAUUAUCGCAUCCCCAUCUACUGAGCAUGCGCAUCAGAUUCAGGCUUGUCUCGGAGCCAACAAGGCAGUGUUUUGUGAGAAGCCGGUGACACCUGACAUAGAGUCGACAGGGAGCUGUUAUGAUUUGGCCGAGAAGAAUAACGUCCCUCUCUUUUGUGCCUUCCAAAGGAGAUACGACCCGAGCUUCCGGCAGAUGCAUGACCACAUCCGGUCAGAGACAUUCGGCCAACUUCGCCUACUGAAGGGUUCCAGCCACGAUGUCAGUACUCCCCCGCCCGACUACAUCCGGACUUCAGGAGGAAUUUUCUUUGACUCCACAAUCCACGACCUUGACCUUUCUCUGUGGAUGGUGGGCUCAAAGCCAAGUAGCAUCUACGCAUGUGGAAAUGCAUUUGACCCGGAAGUCAGAAAGCUUGGUGAUCUUGACCUGGUGAACGUCACCAUCAAGUAUGAAAACGGUGUAGUGUCGAUGAUUGACAAUGGCCGCGUUUCUGGUGCGGGCUACGAUCAGAGAUUGGAGGCAAAAUUUGACCAGGGGGACUUGACGGUGAGAAACACCAGCGUUAACCAACUCCACUCCGCAACCUCAGCGCCUCCUAUGUCACCAGGGUUUAUUGGGCGUUAUGAUGAAGCGUACCAUCUGGAGCUCAAACACUUUUUGGAUGUCAUGGAAGGUAAGACAGAACUGGAAGUGACCAAGCACGACACUUUGUCAGCCAUGAAACUUGCCCGGGCGUGCAGGGAAUCGCAUGAGAAAGGAGCGCCUGUUCUACUCCAGUGACCUUGACCCCCACUGCCAGUCUACUGAUUGAUAUUGCCGGAAAUCCAACUCAGUGAAAUGGAUAUUGGUUUAUUGCGGAAAGUCUGCAAAAGCGACGAAUGGUUAACUCGAACACUCUCGAGUCAUGGUGACUUUUUCACACAAAUGCAAAUUAUACAAAAAGAAUUUAUCCUUAAUAUUUGUUUGUUUGUUUGUUGUUUAACGCCGCACUCAACAAUAUUCCAGCUAUAUGACGGCGGUCUGUAAAUAAUCGAGUCUGGACAAGACAAUC